GCGUGGCCCUGCCCUGCCCCUGCCAUCCGGAACACUCGGCCGCCGCAAGCCAGCGCUCGGCGAGGUCGGUGUCCAUGGCCGCCGCGCUGCUCGCCCGGGCCCCUGGCCCGCUCCGCCGAGCUCUCCAUUCUCGAGACUGGCGCAGGUUACAUACUGUUUACCAGUCUGUGGAGCUGCCUGAGACACAUCAGAUGUUGCGUCAGACAUGCCGUGACUUUGCUGAGAAGGAGCUGGUCCCCAUCGCAGCCCAGCUGGACAAGGAGCAUCUCUUCCCCGCAGCUCAGGUGAAGAAGAUGGGUGAGCUCGGGCUGCUGGCCAUGGAUGUGCCGGAGGAGUUCAGUGGUGCGGGCCUGGAUUACCUGGCCUAUUCCAUUGCCCUGGAGGAGAUCAGCCGUGGCUGUGCCUCCACCGGAGUUAUCAUGAGCGUCAACAACUCUCUCUACUUGGGGCCAAUCCUGAAGUUUGGAUCCCCAGAGCAGAAGAAGCGGUGGAUCACCCCCUUUACCAAUGGUGACAAAAUUGGCUGUUUUGCCCUCAGUGAGCCAGGAAAUGGCAGUGAUGCGGGAGCUGCCUCCACCACGGCCCGGGAAGACGGUGACUCGUGGGUCCUCAACGGCACCAAAGCCUGGAUCACCAACUCGUGGGAGGCUUCGGCCACCGUGGUGUUUGCCAGCACAGACCGGUCCCUGAAGAACAAGGGUAUCAGUGCCUUCCUGGUUCCCAUGCCAACUCCCGGGCUCACGCUGGGUAAGAAGGAGGAUAAGCUGGGCAUCCGGGCCUCAUCCACAGCUAACCUCAUCUUCGAGGACUGUCGCAUCCCCAAGGAGAACCUGCUGGGGGAGCCAGGGAUGGGCUUCAAGAUAGCCAUGCAAACCCUGGACAUGGGCCGCAUCGGCAUUGCCUCCCAGGCCCUGGGCAUCGCCCAGGCCUCCCUCGACUGUGCUGUGAAAUAUGCUGAGAACCGCAAUGCCUUUGGGGCCCCCAUCACCAAGCUCCAAAACAUCCAGUUCAAGCUGGCAGACAUGGCCCUGGCCCUGGAGAGUGCCCGCCUGCUGACCUGGCGUGCGGCCAUGCUGAAGGACAAUAAGAAGCCGUUCACCAAGGAGUCGGCCAUGGCCAAGCUGGCUGCCUCUGAGGCUGCAACCGCCGUUAGCCACCAGGCCAUCCAGAUCCUGGGCGGCAUGGGGUACGUGACAGAGAUGCCAGCCGAGCGGUACUAUCGAGACGCCCGCAUCACAGAGAUCUAUGAAGGGACCAGCGAAAUCCAGAGACUGGUGAUCGCAGGGCACCUGCUGCGGAGCUACCGGAGCUGAGCCCUCUGGGGGGCUUGCCUGCCUGUGGCCCGAGGCAAAGGGCAGGCAGAGCCUCGUGGCUUACCAUUGACGCCUGGUCAGACCAUAAAGGGACCUGCCUCAUUCUGAACCCUCCCAGUCAGACUGGGGGUCGGCUGUCUCAGGGAGAGAGAGGAAAGACUGGCCGCUGUGACCUGUGACCGAGAAGAAAUGAGUCGUCAGAUCAGGACUGGGCUUGGCUACUUCUUUAUGACCCAUCCACGGUGCCUUUCUUCAUCCGAGUGGCCUGCUGGAGGAGGCAGGGCCACGGGAGGGCUAAACCACCCUGCCUCUUACAGUGCUGUUCCCAAGAGCCCUGCUGCCCGGGCAAGAACACGAGACAGGGCAGGGGUCAGGAGGAGGAGGGGGUGGCCCAGUGGCCAGGCCUCAGCCGGUUUCAGCGUUUGGAUCCCUGGGGGGGGGGGUGUCAUCUUGGGAUGGCUGGGGGCUGGGUCAUGGGCCCUCACUAGAGGUCAAGUGAGUGCAGGUGUGUGUUGUGCUGGGCAGCUGCCGCCUGCCU